UUAUUUUAUUCCAUUUCCUAUGCAGGUCUUCAGAAUCGGUGAUAAUAUUCCGCCUUGUGUGAACAGUUGAAUUGUGUCUUGGAUUUUGAGUGAGUUGAUCGGCAGAGAUUCUCAAUCAACUAGUCAAACAUGUCGUCCGGCGUAACUGUGGCAGAUGUCUGCAAGACGCUCUUCGAAGAAAUCAAAAAGGACAAGAAGCACCGUUACGUCAUCUUCUACAUCAAGGACGAAAAACAGAUCGAAGUGGAAACCAUUGGUGAGUUCUGGUCGCAACUUUUUGUUCCAAAGGCGACUGACUUGUCUGAGGCUUCCGAGUCCGCUGUGGAGGAGAAGCUGCGUGCCACGGACAGGCAAUGA